CACUGCAGGCGAUCACAAAGUUUCCUAAACACUUUAGUGGGAGAUUUUUUUCCUGCAGUGAUUUAUAAUGCUUUGUUUAAAGAAAUAACAGCAUGUUUGUGGCUGAAGGAGAAAAGGUGCCAGAUGGUUGUAUCCUUUGCGUAUGUUAAACCUUUCCUAACUUUGUUGUCGCAUUCAGCGUUGUCUCCAUUCGUUACCAAUGACUACCGUCAACACUUUCCGCCAGGUGAUCUCUCUUUGGGAAAGCAAAGAGUGUGAAAAUAAUUAAUCAUUGAUGAAGUUUUAAUGAUUUUUAUAAAUCUAAUCGUCGAUCUUUUUAUCAUGUGUUUAUAUACGCUGGUUAUGUGGUAGUUUAGUCGGCCAAUCACUGUCAUCACUGCUCGAACUCUCGACGGUUGACAUUCGAUUGCCUUAUCCUAUUUAAAGCGAUUUAUGAUGUAAAACAAUGAGAUCGGAUCGUAUAUGUUAGUUGCAUCAAGUUAGGCGGAGCGCGCAGUAACUUUUGUUGGUGUGAACUACUCACAUGAACGACCAAGAAGUGGAAUGCAUGAAGGAUUGCGUCUUGAUCCCAGCUGAUCUGUAAACAGGUACCAGAGAUACAAUGUGUGGGUAUGUGUUCCUUGUAAACUACUCAAUCAUUUUCAAGAAAACUAAAUGUAGUGUGGGUACACUGUUCCUUAAAUGGGACACUGGUUGAAUAAGGAGAAUGUCGGGGAAGGCUUUGUGGCUGAUUUCAUGCCUGUGAUAGGUAUAGAUGUACAUGCUACAAAUCCAAGCCUCAGCUGUCACCCAGUGUGCACCUUCAAAGGUGCUUGACGACUGAGGCUUGAAUGAGUGUCUGUAGCAUGAGGUACCUAGGAAUAUUGUGAAGAAAGAGAUAUAUAACUUAGUUCAGAUGCCUCUAUGUUUUCUUUGAUUAAUGGAUCAGUAUUGGAACUUCAAGAAUCAUUUCAUCGUGGCGGUACCAUAAAAGACAUCACAGAUCAAAUCAGCAGUCUAAAUUCCAACUUGAGUAGCUAUGACUCACCAACACAGCUUGUUGUUGACAAAUACAUGAAAGAACAUGGCCUAGAGGUGGAGCCAGAAGAGGAGGAGUUUGGAUAUGGAAGGCUCAUGAUUGAUUACAAGCCUCCCAGGAAGUCGUCAACAAAGAUCAGCAACAAAGGCAAGGAGGUUUUCUCCGGGGUGUGCAUGUGUUGUUAGGUUGGAUGGGGGUGGGCGGUGGCGGGGGGUUAAAACAGAUAUAAAAACAUGGUAAAGGGGUAGCUAGGGUAAGAAGGGGCUGCGCCCCUCAGUUUCGGAUAUGUGAUGAGGUCCUGUUAUCUAAAGGUAAAAUUCUGACAAGUGUCAUGGCCUUAAGACACCAAAAUUAGACGGGUAUAAUGGUGGCAAAGGACAUAAAGAUGGGUUGAUAUAUUUGCGACAGCAGUGACGACAAGAGUAAAUACAACAGUAAAAUAAUCAGGGCAGACAUGGCCUCCUCCUCCUCACUAUGUGAUACCAUGGGCUUUGAAAUUAUAGUGAAAGACUAGAGAUAAAUGUGUGCUUUGUUUCAGUUGCUUUUAAGUUUCAUAAUUAUUUGAUACAAUAUUUUUGAAAAGAAGUAAAAUUUUGUUCUGUUGUAACUUAUUGUCAGAGGUGGAAGCCAAAGAGGUGUCCAAGUUUGCUGGAGUUUACUCAGUACGAUCAGGUGAGUGUAGAAAGAGUGAAGUACAUUACUGUUGAAAUUAUUUUUGUCACAAAUCAGUUUCAUGUAAUUUCGUUAAACAGGUAUAAUGAUGGAAUGAUUAUUAAUUAUUAAUAUAUUAUAUUCAGCAUUACAACCCAGUUCUGAGAAUCCACUCAUGAAUACUUCCCCACAACAGUCUCAAUUAAUGGGCUGGAAAAAGGCUUCAAAAAAGGUAUGAAUAUAGUCAGUAUUGUUCUUUGCAACUCAAGUACAGUGAGACUGUACAGUGUUGUACAUGUAUAAAACAGUGCUGUGACUAAGUUUUCAAGUUGCCUGGUAAAUACAACAAGUAGGCAGGGAAUCAAACUAACUACGGAUUUCUUUUGGUUCUAUUUUUCUUCUAUUUCCCUUUUAAAGAAGCCAGGGGCCAUGUUCUUAGUAGCCGGGGUAAAUCCCCGGCCCCUGCCUCUUAAUGACAGCCCUGAUAAAACACAGCAUGAAUUGUCAGAUGUUGUUUCUGAUAAGUAAAAGAAUAAAAUAUUCUUUGUAGAAUACUGUUUAAUAAUCAUUGGACGUGGCACAGUGGAUGUUAAGGUCCAGGAUUCCAGCUAGGGCUGUAUGUACCUGUAGUGUAUUAUGUAAAGGUGCACAGGAGUCAAGGAGGCCCACUUGUCUCCAGCUCUACCCACUUUCUAUGGCAUGAAGCAUUAAGUCACCUAUUGACAACAGCAAAAUACUGUAUAACCCAUGACUCUUAAACAUGUACAUGAUCUUAUUAUCUACCCCAUGCACAAAUCAUUUCAGAAAGGAAAGAGCUCAAGUAUGAAGCCAAUGCUGGUGGAGGUAUUGUUACUUUUAAUUCUUUGACUUUUUUAUACAUGUGAUUUGUUCUGUCUGAUUGUGGCAUAUUUGUAGUGGCCAGCAGAUCUACAGAAUAGCAAGGGGGCAGGGAAGGGGGAUGGAGGAGGCAAGGAAAGUGCCCCACCCUUUUCCUCUCCCAAAAGGAUUCAAAGCCCAAUAUGGGUUUGACUUAAUUGGGACUCAUUUUUUUUCACAAAAUUCUUCUCUCUGUCCAGCACCUGUGAUGUAUAGACAAUGCUGCCAUUCCUGAUAUUACUCUAAUGAGAAUAGCUUUUUUUUUUGUUGACGAUUAUUAUUUUUUCGUUGUUAUGUUUAGUUGCAUGUUUAUCCAGGGUAUGAACCAGAUGAAGUCACUCCUCUCCCUGAACCUUUUCAAGCAAAAGAAAUUCUGUCAACAGUAUUAAGUGCUCAGCGGGAUCUCAGAAAGAAAGUAAGAUCAUGAUAAUAUCAAGCUGUUGUACAUAAGUAUUAAUAUAUAGAUGUACAGUGUGUUCAAGUUCAUUAGAAAAUAAAUCAAAAUGAUUCCUUGGUAUGUAUCAUUAUAGUAGUAUGUGAAAAAAAUAAUGUCAUCAUACAGUUUAUAAUGGUAAUAGGACUGAGUGGAGUCCACUUCAGUCUGUUAUCUCAUGAGUGAUAAACACCCGCCCAAAUUAUUUGUUUAAUCAGGAGUAGGAUUACAGACCGAAGUUCUGUUACCAACUAGUCAUAACUGUAACAAAAUUUGUGAUAUUUUAGGCCUUUUAAAUCAAAACACAGGAAAUUUUGCAAGCAGUGAAAAAAAUGCCAUUUAAGCACAUGCAUGCAAUGGCAUAUACUGUCCAAUUACACUGUCCUAUAAGUGCUGCAAUCAGGACAGCUGAUAGCCAAUCAGAUUUGAGAAUUUUGUUAUACAGGUAAUUAUGGUUAAAUGUAUAAUAGACAUUUGCCAUUAGUUAUCCCAGAAUGAGCAAUACUGUUAGUGCAACAAAUGUUGAACAGAUAUUGAAGCCAAACCCAAAGAACUUGUUUAAAUUAUAAUAAUGCUGAAUAGUGCAUGUAUACAUUUGAAGAAAAUAAUGCUUGACGGUCUUAUUCUGUUUCAGCCAUCUUUUAAGCGUGAGUUUCAGUCAUUUAUGUUUGCCAAAACUUCUGAGGACAUUCUACAGGUAUGGAAUACCUGUAAACAGUAAUGUAGGUGUAAAAAUGAAGAAAACCAUGAGAAUCAAAGACAUAAUAUUCUCACCAUAUACCAUGGUUCAUUCAAUCCAUUUACUGUUAGUCUUAAAACUGUGUAAAGUUAAAGUUAAAAUACAUGUAUUAUAUAGAUUAUUUUAAAAUACCAAACACGUGACAAAUGUCAAAGUAUAGUAACUUACACCUCAGAUUCAAAAAUAAAAUUAAUUUAGAACUACCCUGCAUGUCCCCCCGAUAUUGAAUCUGGGAUUGAAAAAGGUAAACAUGAUGAAUCUCUGGGCAUAAAAUAAAUGUAUUGUCAUGAUGUUUACAAUCUACUUAUUUACUUUCAGGACUUGUUUUGGUGGUACUUCUUGGAAAAGUAUCAGGUGGGUGUAACCAUAGUUACUACAGUGAUUGGUAACUGACUCUUUCCCACUACUUUUGAGUGGUUUGCUCUAUACAAUGUACACUGUAUGGUUAAUGCUGUCACCUGAAUUUUUGUCCAGCCCAACAGGAAUAUCCAAGAAAUGUUGUUUAACCGCAUUGCCCACAAUUAUGUGAAGAUGCUGUUUACAGCACCUGUUACACAGUACAGGGAUAAGUUUCUGAAGGUAGGCAUUUUUAACCUGCCCAUUCACAGCCAGCAUGCCAGGCGUUUGAAGGGAAAGGAAGAGGAGGGUAUGGCUGCGAGAGCAUGUUCUUGGGAGCCUUGAUUCCUCCUUUCCCUACCCUUCACAGGUUACCCAGUGCAUGCACUUCUGCACAAAUAAACGUUUGGCAAAAGUAGCCAAAAACCGUUCUGUGUGAUCUAAAACACAAAAACACAGGCCAGCCAGGCUCUGUCUCAGUGAGAGGAUUGAAUCGUAGUUUCAUCUCUAGCAUAAGACAUUAUCUGCUAGACUUCAACCUUGGGGUCGAGUGGACCACUCACCAGGUUGUAUAGACUUGUAGCAUAUCUGUAGGCAUAACCCUCCCCGGUCGCAUUUUUCUGGCACUCCACACCCACUUCAUGCGUGCUUUUCACUCGCCUGAAAAACGCGCAAAAAUGACGCUUGUUCUGCCUGCCACUGUUGGCAGAAAGCUCAGACUGGUGCUUCAGUCAAUUUAUGGUGGGUACAUUGUACCGCAUAAAGGUUCUGGGGCCCGUUUCUCGAAAGUCCCGAUAAUGAACGGGCCCGGUAAGCUGUGUACGUUUACAUUAAAGAUCGAGGUUUCAACAGUUUUGCAUCUAACAUGAUAAAACUAUCAGUUAAUGAGACGAAAUGGAGUAGUUUGCUAGCUUGGACCCGCGAUCUUAUUCUUUAUAUUUCGAUUUGAAUAUUUGAUUUCGGGCCCGAAAAGUUACCGGGACUUUCGAGAAACGGGCCCCUGGGCCCUACUAAAGGGACAUAAAAAGUUAAAAUCAAAAAUUGAUACCCUCUUGAGGGCCCUAAACUGAAAGAUGACACGUGCACAUGGUGGACAAAACUUUUUUUUCAGGUUUCAAAUCGUUUUGUUGAACUAUAGAUCAGUUUUUCUGGGAUUUUAAGAGCAAAAACAAUUUAAAAAACCCUUUGGAAGGGUCAAAAUACCAAAACAAUUACCCUACAUGUACGUUAAGACUGAGCACCUAAAAUCUACUCUAUUCCACGGCCUAAAGCUUACCCACCCCCAUCUCCCGGAUUUUGUCUUCCUGACGUCAGAUCUUUUACUUAAGAUUGUAUUGUUCUGUUAUUUCAGCGGUUCCCUAACGUCAUGGCUCAAGCUGUGUACUGCACAUUUUGCACAGCAUUUCCAACAUCGUACAAGCAGUUUGGAGAUGAAUUCAAGGAAGAACUGGUUCAGUUAAUCCAUGAAUGGAUCGCUGGUGGGUGUUUUUAUCAGUGUUCAGGCACGUGUAACAGAUAACGCAAAUUUUAUCAGCGCUGCAAAUAACAGUGGGUCAUCGGACAAUGUCGGACUAAAAUUUGCGCACGUCCGACGAAAUCGUACCCGCAGUCGGACGUGGGGUUUGUCCGAGUAAAACGGUUACUCCGUCGGAGAUACGUCCUUUCUAAAAAGGAAAAAUUUACGAUCUACAAAGGUUGUUUCUUUAAUAAAGAAACCGGAUUUUACACGGGAAAUGUAAGGAGACUUGGACUUUGCUCAGCUGUGAACUCUUUUGUAGACUAUAGACGCCAAAAACUACCACUGCACCCUAAUCUAGAUGUUCGUCUCCAGACUAAACCCAACCAAACUGUUUGAUUACAUACCCUGUCCCUGACUAAACUACUUGUAAGCCACACCCAUAGCGGUUUAUACCUAGAGCUUAUAGACAAGGGCUACCCCCUCUCGCAUUCGUAAGCAAACGCGUCAGAAAUUAUAUCGACUCUAUAUCGCCCAGAAAAAUGCCUCCUCACUUUGCUACAGUAAUCGAAAAAGUUAAGGAAGUUUGAUGUAUGCUAUGAUGACCUGUUUUGGUACACUUUCGUAAUCCCUCAAAACUGGGUAAGCAAAUAUUUCCUGAUGUGCUACAAAAUGUAGAAACAGAAAGCCAUGUAUGACUUUACAACUUUUUCAUUAGGAACCAAGCCUGUUCCAAGAAUCUGGGACAAGUGGAAUUUUAAGGGACUGGAACCUAAAGAUAUGCGGAAAGAUGAGCAAAUCAAGCAGGAUGCUUCGAAAGGUGUUUUACAAGCUUCUCUUCUUAAGCACUCAACUGCAGUAGACUUAGAGACAGGCUUACACGUACGUUCCAUCCACCAGUACUAGUCACUGGCGGAUCUAGGGAAGGGGCCUGGGGGGCCCGCCUCCCCCUCUCUUACAGCUGUAUUUUGAGACCAAACUGAAGCCCGAAGGGCCAAAAAAUUUUUGUUGAGACCGCCCCCCCCCCCCACCUUAUCUCAUUGUCUGGAUGACCGCCCCCCUUAUCUCAUUGUCUGGAUGACCGCCCCCCUCCCUUAUCUGAAGGUCUGGAUCCGCCAAUGCUAGUUGCUACUCUUGAACUUACUCGUUUUCUGCACUGUACUUUACGAAAAAUAAUUACAAAUAGUUUAUAUGAGUUUAAAAUUAAUUGAGAAAGUCGUACAAUGCAACUCAGGCUUGAUAUAACUCAGAACAUACCAUUCCAGCUGUUAUAGACUGCGAGUAGUCUCUCAUAGGUUUCUGGGAAACUGCCACCUACCCCUCCCCCAAGCCAUCAUUUUGCCCUAAGUAAGAAGUGUUAAUGUUAGCUUAGGGGAGGGGUAGAUGCACAGUUUCCCCAGAAACCUAAACUGAUCCUAUUUUUCUUCAGAUUUAGUGAGAGGAGCGCGGCACCCGUCUCAGUUGUUCAGUCACGCGCGUGGUCAUUUUCGUGUCUCGCGCGUUUCGCUCGACAGACUAAGAAAAAAGAGAGACUGCUCGUAGUCUAAGCUCCUAUGUUACUUUGAUUCUUUACACUCCUCAUUUAAGGCAACUUCAACUUAACCUCAGCCUUAAGAACGUAGAACAAGUCCACCUAAACAAAGCUCAACUGAAUACAGUAUUAUAGUACUAGUAUAUCGUAACAAGAAAACCAAAAGUGCCACUGCGUUCAUCGUAGUGUCGAACUAAACAGAAUUGUAAACACAGAAACUGCAACUGAAGCGACGUCGGACAUGUGCAUUUGAUUACGGCUGUACUUGUAGCUAGGGGGAAUUGAUACUUACUUUCUUGCCUUGUAGGUUCUUUGGUUUCACUUCCAGUUGAACUCUCUGAAGAGAACUUAUCAAACCAAACCAGCCUGUCUUCAGUCGGUUACAAACUGAGCCAGAAGUCCUUACCUUUGAUAGUAGAAGAGAAAGCUACAGCCACAAGUCUUUCCUCUCUUGCUCAGGUAUGGAACCGUUUUACCUUGCCUACAAAUACAGCCGUUUCUCCUGGCUCCUCGCCGAUAGGAACGUUUCGCGGUAGUGAGUAUACGCCCAAAAACUGGUACCAUAAGUUUCUUCAAGGAGAGUUGUGGGUUAUAGGCGGCUAUUGUAGAUCAAAACCUCGAGAUUUUAAAACAUGUGCAAGUUAGCUGCGUUGUCUGGUGCGAAAGUCCCGAUAAAAUACUCUUUCCUCGUGUUUAUGCAAGAUUCGAAGAUAAGUUAACUGCUGUGUCAAAACUUCAGCAACAAUCAGUUUAAAAAGCCAAUAAUAGUGAAACUCGCAAAUUCGUCACUUAAGACAGGAGAAGGGAACUGGGCCGAGUUUACUUUCGCAAAGACUUUUGGGAAUGUUACUAGGGACAUUGAAAAUCAUUGGAACAGCUUAUCGACUAGCCUCCCACGCAGGCGACGAAAUACGAGCUCCCCUAAAAACGCCUGCGUGGGAGGCUACUUAUCGACGAGUCCCGAGUGACGAUCCCAGAGACAAUUGGGCGACGCGUUUCGGCUCAGUUUCCUCAGUUCUCGUUUGAAAAGUACUUGUAAAUGAUGUAAUGAAGUCAUACUUUACCUACAGGGGCGAGACGUCAGGAGAAAGUCAAUCGCGGUCAAAAAAGGGUCACAUAUUGGUAACGUAACGAACAAUGAAGAGAGUUGUGAUACUGUUAAUCGGCUCACUGUGUGUCACGCAAACGAGGAAAAGGAGAGUUCUGCGUCACGGUCACCUUCCUUGAACCGUCUCCAGGCAAAGGUGUCGUCAUUCACCGCAUUUACUGGUGUCCACAAGGCGAAUCAAGCGGAGAAACGUAGGGAGGUAAAUAAAGUAUUUGUAAUAGCAGUUAAUGUUGUCUUCAGCAUUGAAUGUAGUCACAAGAAAUAAAGUGUUCUUGUAGUCAUUACGGCCAUUCUGAUAGCAGGCCUAACCUCUGAUUUCGGAAAAGCCAACGAAUACUGUAGAUAAGGUGAGCCGAGUAUUAACGACCAGCCGAGCACAGACGGUUAUUUCUUAACUUAUAUAUAAUUAUAUGUUGUAGGUAAAAACCUUUCUGAGGUUAAACGACAACUUUCUUUGUCUUCUAUGUAUAACAAGGGCAGGGAAACAAAGCCAAUUGUGAUUCCAACUAGGGUGUAUACUGGUUUAACCUGAAAACACGCUGUUUGAGUGGUUACCUGAGUGAUAAGCUCCAAAAAUUACAGAAUCGUGCAGCCAGAGUUAUUACUAAAUCACCCUUUGAUACGAGCUCAAACCACCUUCUCUCCACCCUCGACUGGGAGAGGCUAUCUCUUUGACGAAAGAAACAGAAAGCCUUAAUGAUGUAUAAAACCAUGAUUGACCUUGCUCCGGAAUAUCUACAAAGUAUUUUCACUCAGUCUCACUCUGCUUACAACUUGAGAAACUCUGAGGGAAAGCUGAGCCUGUCGAAACCAAGCACCAAUUAUUUGAAACGAAGCUUCUCUUACACCGGGGCCAUGUUAUGGAAUAACUUGCCCAAAAGCGUGAAAAAUACUGCAUCUGUUGAGCAUUUAAGCGAAAUAUCAAGAAGGUAGCUGUUAUAUCGGACUCCCACAAGGCAAUCAUGGAAAGCAGUUGUAAUUAGUUUUAGUUUUUAACUUAAGCUUAACUGAUGAUUUUCCGUAUAUAAGUAAAGGUUUACAUACAUAUAUACCACAACAUAAUACAACUUACGUUUGCGUUAUCUGAGGAAACACAUCUGGCUUCUUGACUAGUUUACUGAUACCAUUUUCAUAUAUAGAGGUAUUAAGAACGGUUUUACCAUGCCUCUUUGACUCCUUUUUCCCUCUUCAGUCAUGUCCUGUUGGGAGAGGUCCAGAGUUUUCUCGCUGUGUGUUUGACGUUUAUGGCCACAGUCCGCUUGUGGAACAGUUUCUCAAGAUGCAGAAAUUAUCCAAAGAUUCAGGGACGUCUGUUUUAAUGCAGAGAACAGAAAUCAAGUCCCUUCCACCAUAUCCUUUUUCGCAAAUAAAGUUAUCCCUAGCCCUUCCCCCCAAAACAAAAACCCUUUAGAGCCACUACGGAUAGAUAAACUGCUAAUCCUUAAAACCCUGAGACCACGUAUCACAUAUCUAUUGAAAAAUGUCCUCUGGGGUGGGGUGCACUACAAAUCACACCAACCAUUGGCUGAAAUGAGGAUGGCGUCAGGAAACUCAGAGGUGUCCAAAAAAUAUGCCGGUCUUUCAGUGAUUUUUUUCUGUGGAAAUUUUAGACAAUUCGAUUAAAUAAUGUGACCUUGAUGACAUCUUGUGGCUUGUGGCACUCUCGGGGUCACAUAUUCUUGACUCCUAAAAAGGACGAAGCUAUAGCUGUUAAGAAAAAGAGGGAGACCGCAUGUCUCAUAGGAAUGCAACAAAGUAGAGGGGCUGGGCGUGGCCUGAUGCCGUUAAGAGUCAGAAGAUAAGCCAUAUCCCAGUUACCUCAAGCCUCUUCGUGAAAACGAGUGUAAGUGCGAAGUUUUUGAUAUGAAAAGACCUUUUCAGUUGUCAUGCAAAUGAAACCCAUUUAUCUAGUUCUGCACUUAGCCUCACUGAAGGUGAUAUUUUGGAAAAUUUGUUACACAUCUACUUCCUUGACUCAUUCUCACAUUAUCCGCUCCAACUUAUCGAGAGGUGAUUCGAAAGUCACUAAAGGCCUCACAAGCCAUAACAAGUGAUUUUAAAAAGUGAGUAAUUUUGCCAUUCUUUGUUUGAUUUCCAGUUGCACGUAUCGCAAUAGAAGUACUAGUGUUCUUGACAAACGUUAAGCCUCUUAGAAAACGCUUCGUUGAACUUUUGAGGCAUUAACAAGGAAGGAAGGUGAAAGGAAGGAAAGAAAGCACCGGGCAUUGGUAGGGGCGAAAUCUGUCUCAGGGGUAUCCCUGGGGUAUGUCUUGUUGUAGUCACCACAACAAAAACCAAACGCAAUUUCCGUUCCAGUAACGAGAUCAAAAUAGAUGAUAAGACAGUAAAAUUAGGUCGUUGAUCUUGUCUUUUUCUCUCUUCCUGAACUGACACUGCCCCACACUGCUGUUUUAAAAGAGAAAAGGACUUAAGCCUGACUCCUGUGGCCUUUCGUCAAUAUCACUUCACUUUACGUCGCUUUACUACGCGUAUCAAAGGUUGUGUGGGUAUCAUAUGACCAUUCUCAACUUCAACCAGCGCAAUAUCUCCAUGAUGAAAUACAUUUUGUUCUUGUUAACAGACUUCAUGAAGAGAAUACUCACCAACGAACUUUGUUUGUGCGUAAACAGAAGCAAGCCAAUUUAGACUUCACCAGGUACAGUGUACUUGUACAAAGUGUGACGGGAAUCAAUUCAAUCUUCCGUGGCCUCUCGUUACCCUUUCACCUUCUAAGAAUGACCCAAGCCAAAAUCCAUGAAAUAUUCCAUUCUCUGUUGUAAACUACUGUAACUCAAAUGGUUUCACACGGAAGCUCUGCCUGAAAGGUUUUCUUGUGAAUGGCUCCACGGUGGGAUUUUGUCCAAAGAUUCAAAAGUUGGAAAAGUAUUCCCCUUGUUCGUUUAAAAACCUAACCAGUCCAAACCUUAAAUUCCAGAAAGUAAGUUGCCAAUUAGACUUUCAAAAAAGUCCUUCAUCGGAUUUCAUUCGUCGGACUUUGUCGUACCUCUCGCGACUUCGUCGCUCGCGAAGGGCCUAAAAAGGCUCGCUUCGGUCGCCAAGAGGUCGACUUGUAGCAAGUCUAGUUGCCAAUAGUCAUUGUACCAUUCACGUGGUACAAGUCGCCGUGCUUGAAGUGCCAGCGACGCGGUGGGACAAGGCACACAAAAAGCUCAUAUCAUUUAACCGUUUAAGCGCUAAGAGUGAUCAGCAUCAAAUUUCUCCUUGUAAUAUCAAUGCUUUAUAAAACAGAGUGGUCAUGAGAAUUACGGACAUGAUCACACAAGAUGAAUUUGCUUGAUAUUUGAUCAACUUCUUCCCACUACUUCUGUAGGAAAUGAAUAGGGGAAACAAACGAGAUCUUAGUGUUUAAAGGGUUAAAAAGAUAAUUUCCUUUGUUUGUCGUCUCCUGCUCUCCAGCGUGGCGGUAAAAUUUGUACCAGGGGUAUGACUAGAUGCAAUGGGCCUAUUAAUUUGUUUAUUUUAUACUUUGUGUGUUUUAGACGGGAAGGAGAGUUGUUGUCACGGCAAAAAGACGUAAAGAAGAUCAGUGAACUGAUAUAUCUUGAGCUCACGGUGAGGAUGUUACCUGUUUUUUGAAAUUGUACAGUUCGAGAAUUCCCCACUUCAGAAACUUUAUAGCGAGAAUGAGUUGGGAUCGUUUCGAAUCGUUUGGGUAGACGCCCGAAUUGGUUGAUGGUAUUUAAGGCAACUAUGAACCAAUCGUUAGAAACGCUUGUCCACCCAAACGAUAGUCUGCUACACAGCCGUUUUUAGUGUCGUCACGCAACGCUCCUCCCCACAGCCGGUAGUGGGGAGGAGCGUUGCGUGACGACACUAAAAACGGCUGCGUAGCAGACUACCCAAACGAUCCCAGAAAUCAUUUAGCGAAAAGCUUGUACCCAUUCCCUUUUUAGUUCCUGGAAGGAGGAAUGGCGUAGCCUGCGUCGUAGACAGUUUAAAUCUUAGUCUCGAGUGACAAGUCCGGCUUUUACGCAAGCUCAGAAUGGCGGUGAGAAUUAUCAAGGACCUACUUGACAAAGUGAGAUUUAAUUCGAGUAUGAUUUUCUCUGGCUAAGUGGAGAUUCCUCGUCGAGUUUAUCGAUACUAUAAAUUACUUUCAUCGUUGCCGGCGUUGCCUUCUAAGAGAAAGUGAAUGGUUCACGCGCGUGCAUUUCCGUAAGUACUGACAAAUCUCGUAAUCGUUGUCGUACUCGUCGUAGAAUCUAAAGAAUAGCAACAAUUGAAAGUACUGUUAAAGAAAUUCGCUUGAAUGGUCACACUCUAGGGUUACAUCCCCGAACCCCGCCCAAAGUUUGAACUACGUUUAUGUCUUUCCAGUUGACACUGUAAGUGAAAGGGCUAAUUGUGGUGUCCUUUCCGUGCUAACGGGUCUCUUUCAUUUGACUAAUAUUCAGAAAGAUGGAGAUGAACAGAGUAGCGGCAAGGUUGCGGCGGCCGUUGCCUCGGCGAUGGGCUAUGGAACAGAGAAUGAAACCAAAUGAGCGGUUUGUCAACGUUUCCUUGUUGAAACAAGUUUUGCUAGGACUCGAACGAAUCCCAAGGGGCCUGUUAUGGGACAUCUGGUUUUUGCUAGUAUUUAAUGCAAAGCUUGUUUUGAACGACUGUACUGCUCUGAAUUAUUUGCUAUUUGUUGUAA